AUGGUUACCGCUUCCCGGUUGGAUGGUGCUGAAGAUGAUGACGGGGGUCGUGGAGGGGUCCAAUUCAGUGAGAGGGAUAUGGGUCGGAUAGCACCGGUGGACCGGGAUGAACUAGAGGUAAAGCAUACUAGGCUGAUGGAGAGGACGGGAGCAUUUGCGAAGCAUAUGGAGAUAGCUGGGCAGAAUGUAUCUGGUGCUGGUCUGGGUGGUGUUAUCCUCUCAAAUUUAACGGUGUGGGCACCUAAUAAAAGUGAGGAAGCGUUUUAUGAAUUUUGCUUGCUGAUGUAA